GGGGCGAGGCAAGGAGUUGCCAGUUUUCGUUCCUGAGGAGGAGGAGCAAGAGGAAGAGGAAGCGGCAGCCAGCCUUCGAACUAGGGAGAGAUUGAGGCGAAAGGGAGUGAGGGACAUGCCUGGCUUUGUUUGAACAAAGCCAAAGCAAGCGGCCUCGCGCCGCCCGCCCGAGAACCGAAGCGCCAGUGCGCAUGCGAAAGGACACUCUUGCUCUACUUUCCCUCCCCGCCUUUUUCAAUUCUGUGCUGUACACACUCAGGCCCUCUGUAUCCACUAUCCACGGAUUCACCCAUCUACGGACUCAGCCGUCUACGGGAUUUCUUGUCAAGACUAUGUUGGAAGUGAAGCGCAGGAAGACAGCCAACCAUUCAACCAAGCCGAAUGGAGACCAGAGAGAGAAACAGUUGGGCUUUGUGAGACAAACAUCUGGCUGGAUGGACCUACAAAUGGUUUCAAGUUUACUUUCGCUCUUAAUGUGCACAGGACUAAUAUGGUUCCUUUUUCAACAAUCAGCUCAAUUGGCUGCAGUAGAGGAGAAGUAUCAUUUAUUAAAGCAGGAAACCAUAAGGUUUCAAGAUAUGGAAAAUAAGAUGAAUAUAAUGUUUGAAGAGUGUGAGAAAACAGCAAGUUCAUUGGAGCAAGUGGAAGGUCUUCAUAUAAAUGCUCAAAUGAAGCAUCUGCAGGAAAAGAUGAACACCAUGAAGAUGUGGUCUGAAAAGUUAAUUCAAGAAGAAGAGGCACAUCAGCAGAACAUAACAUCUCUUUUUCAUACAGUCAAGAAGCAUGAAGAGGCAACUGCUUCUGCUACUAAUGAGUUUUCUAUCAAGAUUGCAACUGUGAAGACUGACAUUAGACGCAUUUCAGGUCUUGAAGGAGAUGUUACCUUAUUGGUAGAGGAUCUACAUACUUUAGAAGAUAAAGUAGCUAAAGCUGAAAAGACUGCAAUACAGAGUAUAGGGAAUCUUCUUACAAACAGCAUUGACAGGACUACAGAAUUACGAAAAACUGCAACUGAAAAUGCCAGGCAGAUAGAGCACAUUAAGGUAAAGUCAUCUGAGCUGAAUGCAGACCUUAACAAACAAUCCAAUAGGCUUUUAAAUUUGGAAAGUGAUAGAGCGAAAGUUCUGAGCACAGUAGCUUUUGCAAAUGACUUAAAACCUAAAGUAUUCAAUUUUAAACAAGGUUUAGCACAUUUGGAGCCUAUGUUAGAUGAACUAACAUUAAGAAUUGGAAGACUGCUAGAGGAACUGUUGGAAAGAAAGAAGGAACUUACAUUCCUGAAUAAGAAACUCUCCAAUUUAACUUUAGUAAGUCUUAACUGAAGUUACUUAACUGUCUUUUUCCUAUUUGAACUACUCCAGUAAAAACAUGAACUGUAGGCCUAAAUGUGGAAGCAUUACACUGAGAGGAGGAAAAAUAAUGCACUUGUAGUUUUCUGUUGGUUUUUUUCAAUUAUGGAUAUUUAUCUGGUUUAUAGAUGUCUUACCUGUACAAUUAGAAACAUUUUAAUUCCCAUCCACAGAAGUUGAAAGUCUAGACAGCAACUUCAUUUAUAUUAAAUGAAACAUUCAAUAUUAUCUUGUUACAGCACUACUUGAAGUAUAACCUCAAAAAGUGUUUCCUAAGAUUUUUGAAAAGCACCAAUCGAAGAUGUUAUUUUUAUGUUAUAAACAGCAAACACAGCUUUCAAAUAGUUAUUUAUGUAACUAAAUUUGAGAAUAUUUGUAUUAAAUUGCAAAAAUACUUUUGUAUGUUUUCUAUUAAAAUUGAUGAACUAGAUGAAA